AUGGACUAUCCUCCUAUUCCGGGAACAUCGCAGAUACCACAGUCCAUGAUAGCUCAUCUCCCUCUUGAUAACACUCUACCCACUGCUCUAACGUCUCCGAACCCGCCUAGCGUUGGUUCCAAAUCUAUAUUCGCCUUUUGGCAUUCUGGGAUAUCCACCCUCCCACCGUACUUCCUGCGCAACGUCCUCGCCUGGUAUCGCCGGUAUUCACCAUUAGGGUGGAACAUCUACGUCUUCGAUAGGGUAGAAGGGUCGCCCCUGAACGUCUCACGAUACAUCGAUACGACUUCUCCUUCAAUCGUACCGGCUGCAUUCACAAAUUCCCAACUCGAUGGAUCAUUCGUCGGACAACAUACAUCCGAUCUAGUUCGUUUCCCUCUCCUCCUCAAAUACGGCGGUGUCUACCUCGAUGUGGGCAUCUUGCAGUUCGGUGACCUAGACUGGUUAUGGGAACAAGUCGUCUGCAACCCCGAAUCGCCAUAUGAUUUUUCAGGAUACAGGAUGGGAACCCUCCCAGAGGUUUCGGUCCCGAACUUUGCCAUGAUGUGCGGCCCUGGUAACCCGUUGGUGUUGCGAGCGCAUAAGAUUUUGUUGAAGGUGUGGGAAGGAAAGACGACCACGACUGGAAUGCACAAGCACCCGUUGCUUACACACGUUCCGAUGAUGAGAGUUCCGCGUGAUGUAGUGAUGGAGCGUGGAGAGGGGGAAAUGGUUAUUGAUGACAGUUUCAUGACCGACUAUGCAAUUCAGAUACAAGCAAUUGGAGCUGCCGCACGAUGGCUGGACGUUGAGGACGGUUGGGAUGGCCCAAAGUACCUUCGCGAAAAGUCGUGGUUGGUAGACAUGCUCGAGCAUGCGUUCCUUCCCGAUCAGAUGACAGGGUGGAAUGGGAAGCGUCAGUUUGAGUUACUGUCCUUGAAAAUGCCGCAACCACUGGAGUCGGGGGAGAGUGAGGAGCAGAAAUGGGCUCGGGAGAUGGUUGAGAGAACAGUAGGAGGGUGCUGGUGCUUGAAAUUGGCACAUGGGAUAUCGGGAAAGUUUUUCGGUGACACGUUGGGAAUGUUCUGGAGAAGGUAUGACGGAAGCGAUUGUGUGGAAGGAACUUAUGCAGGGUGGAUGCGUUGGGCGGAGGUGAGCUGCAAGCAGGACAAUCCCACGAAACCGAUGGAGAUGCCAGUGUUUGAGCCUACCAUGGUGGGGAGACUCGCAGAUCAUCUGUAG